CUGUCAAAAAACAUUUUUUAAAUAUGUAAAUAAAAAAUUUGGUUCCGUUGUUAUUUACAUUUCGUAGCAUUACUGGGAGAAUUGUGAAUUUACUUCAGCUUUAAGGAAAUUUUAUUAAUUAAAAUAGCGGCUUCUUUCAAUAGCCAUGGACAGUGACGAAUUAGUUGGAGUAUUUCAAGAACUCUCGUGUAUACCAGCUGAUCCACCGGCUAAGCGGGAGCAAUGCUAUCGUUGCAGGAGACCAAAGACAGUAUGUUGGUGCCCAUUUCUUCCAAGAGAACCUUUAAAUGUAAAGAGUUCAAUUAUCAUACUUCAGCAUCCUGGAGAGGAAAAACGAUGUCUUCGUACUGCUCCUAUGCUAGAACAUUCUCUCCCCAAAGAAAAUUUUCUUUUAUUAAAAGGGAGAAGAUUCUCGUCUGCUGUAAAUGAACGAUUAAAAACUAUCUUUUCAUCAGCUAAUACUGUCUUGUGUUAUCCUGGACCUGAAGCUGUAGAUAUUGAAACUUUGCCAAAAGUAGAUGAAAUUAGUAGUGGUUAUAAUAUCAUAAUUCUUGAUGGAACAUGGCCACAAGCAAAAUCUUUAUAUGCUAACUGUGAUGAGUUGAAAAAGAUAAAGCAAAUUCAAAUCAAUUCAGAUGGGGCAAGUGAAUAUGUAAUUAGAACUCAACCUACUGAAAAAUCCUUGUCAACUGUUGAAACUGCAGCAUUAGCUCUUUCUAUUUUAGAAGGAAAACCAGACUUGAAAGAUGCACUCUUACAACCUCUGAAAGCAUUAUGCAGUUUCCAACUUGCCCAUGGGGCUGUAACUCAUCAAAGCAAAGAAUUUUUGAUAAGAAACGGUUUACAUAAAUCUCAAAUUCAGUAUUGUUUAUCUUAACAUCUUUAUUUUAUAUUACUUUCACUAAAUGUCAGAAAAAGACUUUUUAAUUCAUGUUUUCUCUGUAUAUAAUUUUCACUUUUAUGUGUCUGAGUGUAAUAAAGUUAUUAUUUACCUGUU